GACGCUCAGCAUCCAGUUGGGCACGCCGGAGACGUUCGAGGCGAAGAUCGAGGGGAUGCAGAACGAGCUGGGGCUGUCGCCCGUGGACCACGUGCCCAUCCAGUACGUCAGCGAGACGGACCUCGUUCAGGAUCUCCUGCCGCAUUUGUCCUCGCUGCUGUUCCUCAUCCCGAUGCUCCUUGUAGCGCGGGCCAUGAGCGGGGGCAUGGGCGGCCCUGGUGGCAUUGGCGGCGGAGGACCAGGAGGCAGAAAUAUAUUCAGCAUCGGCAAGGCGUUCCCGUCCGGGCAGAAGGACGUGAAGUCCAAGGUGAAGUUUCACGACGUCGCUGGCCUGGAACAAGCCAAGAAG